AUGUCUCCGGCUUAUCGUGGCCUCUGUGGUCACCUUCUCCUGCUCACCCUUGCUCUAUGGCUGUUCCUGCUGCCUGGACAGGCAUACGAGAAACUCUCCGAUGAGACUCUGCGAUCUCUGCCCAGAUCAAGCCAGGACUUCAACAUCUAUAAUGGGGCCCUGUUGGCCCCAAUCCUCAUACCGCGCAUCCCGGGCACCCCCGGCCAUACCGCAGUCCUCGAACACUUUGCAGCCUUCUUCCGGGAAACACUACCGCAGUGGCAGAUCGAAUUCCAAAACUCUACUUCUCAAACACCAGUAUCGGGUGGAAAGGAUGUCCCCUUCAUCAAUUUCAUUGCGUAUCGAGACCCCCCGGGAGCCUCCGCUGGGGAUGUCGGCCGGUUGACAAUGGUUGCGCACUAUGAUAGCAAACUCGAACCCGAGGGCUUUAUUGGCGCAAUCGACAGCGCUGCACCGUGUGCUAUGAUAAUGCAUGCAAUGAGGAGCAUUGAUGCGGCUUUGGAUAAGAAAUGGGCAGCCAUGAAGGAUAAGGGCCUCGACCCAUCGCUUGAGGAGCAACAUGGGAUUCAAGUCCUUUUCUUGGACGGCGAGGAGGCUUUCCACCAAUGGAGUGAUACAGACUCAUUAUACGGUGCCCGAGCGCUUGCUGAGCAUUGGGACAACUCGAUGUAUCCUGCCAUGUCCACAUUCAAGACGCCGCUUUCAUCUAUAUCACUCUUCGUCCUGUUGGAUUUACUGGGCGCCAAGGGACCGUAUAUUCAGUCAUACUAUCCAACUACUCACUGGGCCUACCAAAACCUAGGUUCCUUGGAACAGCGCCUCAGAUCACUCGGCCAGAUGAAAUCCACAUCCGAAGACCCAUGGUUCAUUGAUAGCUCCAAGGAUUCGCAUCAGAUCAUGGCGCUCGGUGGUAUCCAAGAUGACCACCUUCCCUUCUUGGCGAAGGGGGUGGAGAUCCUUCAUCUUAUCGAUUUUGUCCCAUUCAAAGGGUUUCCCCCUGUAUGGCAUACGAUGGAUGAUGAUGCUGAACAUCUGGACAUGGACACCGUUGAAGAUUGGAGUAUCUUGAUGACGGCAUUCGCUGCCGAGUGGAUGGAAUUGGAAGGGUUUCUCGAACACACUGAUACGAUCAAACGUGAUAAAGAUUUGAAUGAGGAGUCGGAAGCUAUUCGAUUGAACAAAAAGACCGAAUUGUAA